CAGUUGUGCCAGAACCGAUGCUGUUUUUACCCCGUUUCCUGGAUUCAAGAGUCAUAUAAAAGUUUCUAGGGUUGUAAAUGCUUAUGGCCCUCAGACUAGAAGCAGUGGUUCAUCUUCUAACACAAGAAUGCAUUCUCUCCAACGGGAUUGUGGGAAUCAGGCUGUAGAAGAGAGACUACACAACAUUGAAUGCCACUUACAGCUAAAGCCAGGAGGGCCUGUACCUAAAGACAUUUAUCAGAGAAUUAAAAAGAUAGAAGACAGAAUCUUGGAGUUAGAGGGCAUUUCCCCUGAAUAUUUCCAGUCAAUGGAUAUGCCAAAUAAGAGAAAGAAAGGCCUCCCUUCACAGAGAUACUCUUUGGCGGAACUAGACCAGAAGAUUAAUGCACUCAGACAAUCGCUUAUACAGAAAAGCAAAAGAGGAAUCUCUUGAUAACACGCAGCACUGUGCCGAUCAUUG